AGAUCAUCCCAAUUCUCUUAUACUCUAUAUAGCCUCUACUUCUCCUCUCCCAACAACAAAAGAAAACAUGAUGGAUUCGACUAAGAACACUGAAGAAACUGCCAUCAACAUCCCUGAGUCUAAGUCGACCAAAGGCAAACAUGUUGUCUACACAGCCACCACGACGGCAACCCCACAUCACCAAGCGAGGUGGAAGAGAGGAGUUGGCAUCUUUGACUUCAUCCUGAGGAUCUGUGCGCUGGUGGCGGCUCUAGCUGCAACCACCACCAUGGGAACCACCGAUCAAACUCUACCUUUCUCCACUCAAUUCUUCCAGUUCCAAGCCAGCUACGAUGACCUCCCGACUUUCAUGUUUUUCGUGGUGGCAAAUGCUAUUGCGAGUGGCUACUUAGUCCUAUCCUUGCCGUUCUCCAUUGUGGGCAUUGUUCGUCCCAGUGCAGCUGGAAUCAAGCUUCUCCUCCUCAUCUUAGACACUGUGCUGGUGGCUUGCAGCGGCCGCGAUUGUGUACUUAGCCCACAAUGGGAACUCCAACACCAACUGGCUCGCCAUUUGCCAACAGUUCACCGAUUUCUGCCAGCGUGUCAGCGGCGCGGUGGUGGCGUCUUUCAUCGCCGCCGCCAUCUUCAUAUUCUUGGUUGUGCUCUCCGCCGUGGCUCUUCGGAGGCACUGAGGAUCGAUUUCAUGGGGAGCUUGUGAUAAUCUGUUGUUGAUUUUUAUAUGAAUAUUGUCACUUUGUAGUGGUGUGAGUUUGCACUUUGGAUUACUUCUCCUUAAAACGGA